GUCGACGCCAUGCUUCAAUCUUCAUCCGAAUACUCGAGCAUCAUAGCCACGACUUCCACUUUCCACCUACCACAGCUUCUUUGACUUCAACUGCAGUCAUUUCCGUUAUAUUUACAUCGCCCUUGCACUCCCAACCACACAAUCUGUCAUAAAUAGCGGUCCCUUGCUCUUGGAUCCCUUCCCUCGAACUCUUGUCUAGACACCUCUCGAGUCGCCACAGUCUAGGCCGCGAACUUGUCUACACCUUUUCGCGAACCCUUUCGGCAGUGUAUACAGCAUCAAGGACAACCGGCACCUCGCAAAACUACCAACUAGACGUAUUGCAUAUAAGGCAGCAACAAUGGCGUUCGACCCAGCGGCCAACGCCGGCCCUCCUCUCGACGAGAUCCAAUGGCACACCCCUCCUCAGUUCGAAGCAGGCAUCCACUCCAACAGCAUCCUAUACUACUUCGCCCAGUCUCCCUUCUAUGAUAAGACCUCCAACAAUGAGGUCGUCUUCCAGCAGGGUCUCAACAACCAGGCCAUGUCCCAAUACCUUGCCACCAGGGAGCUAUUCGAGAGUCGACUAAGGGAAAUGUCUGGGCUAGAGUUCAUCGUUGCUCAGGAACCCGCUGAGACAGGUCCGGGAAUGGGUACAGGUGUGUGGGUUAUCAACAAGCAGACGAGGAGGAAGCGCCCACCGGCAAACCCGGCGAGGCCUGAGGACGGCCCGCCCGAUGAGAUCAUCGUUCAUUCGGUCUACUUUGUGGUGGGCGAGAACAUUUACAUGGCACCCACACUGGCAGAUGUUCUUAGCUCCCGAAUCGGAGCAAUCGCCACCGCCAUCACCAAGACCCUCCCCCUAGUAGACGAAGUAUCAGACUGGGCUCCAGCCGUCGGCCGCCGCUACAUCACUCCCACCCAACCAUCCGCCAGCGCCGGUGCAGCCAGCGGCACAACCAACUACACCGCCUCCCGAACCGCCACUCCUCUCCCCGAGGGUCUUCCCAGCGCGACCACCAACAAACCCGGCGCCAAGACCGGCGGCGGAACCAGCACAAACGACCCCCUCCUCGACUCCCUCCUCAUGGAAGAAGCCCUCCUCACGCACGAACGCUACGGCACCGAAUACAUGGACGAGAACCCCAUCACCGGCAAGCCCGGCGACUUCCACCUGACCUCGACCGGCCGCAAGGCGCAAACCAAGAGCGCGUUGACCCUUAAGGAGGCGGCGGCCGCGUUGCCGGCUUUGAAUACGAAGGGCUUGGGAGCGGCUGGAAGUAAUCCGCUUGCUAAGGGCGCGGCCGCGGCGGCGGCGGCUGCGAAUGCCGUGACGGGUAAGGAGACCAAGAGCCCGAAAACGCCGGGUGGAGGACCGCCGAAGCCGAAGAGGAGGAAGAGUAAGAAUGUUGUUACUACCCCCGGUGCGGCUUAGAAGGAGCACGGGCAGGGAAGUAAAAAGGAGGGAAAGAAAGGGAAGAAGGGGGAGAAAGGGAAAAAUAAGCUUGGUUCUGCUUGAUCGGAAAAAGAUGCAUUCAGAUAAAGCGGCGUUGAUUACACAUGGUUGGAUGGCAUUUGGCUUUUAGGCACGGCGGUUAGAUACCCUAGAAUGGUGGACGAGAUACACUACGUGGUGUCCAUGAUAUUUACACAUAGCGGGCGUUCCCAGAAGCGACGGGACGAGGAAGCACUUUCGCUCUCGUUCUCCGAAGUAAAUAACAAUAAACGGAGUUAAUUUCACCAUAAGUUAAGGAGAAUCAAUACUUCCAAC